CGGGACGGGGGCAAGUGGUAACGGGGAAGGUAAGGCACGGUGAUAUUUUGAGUCAUCAUUGUCUCUCGUCGGACUUGUCAAAAUUCGCGAAACCCCUGGGGCCCAGGACAUAUUUUCCCGAUCGCGAGUGCCAGCAGGUGAUUCGGGGAAAAUGGGUGACGGCAAGGAGGGUGAGCGCGAGCCUCUAAUUCGGGGAGGAGAUUCUGCUUUUGCGCGGCCCUACAUGAACGAAAUUACAGAAGACGUUCAGCCGAAUGUGAACGCAGAGGCGAACGUAAACACAGUUUCCCCGAUCGGGCCGGAUGAACUGCCUCCGCCGUUUGUCAACUACCCUAAUGCUAGUCAAGGUGGCCUGCCAAUGGUCACCUGCAGGGUUUGUCAGGCAAUGAUAGACAUUUCUGGCAAACGAGAACAACACGUAGUCAAGUGCAAUCAGUGCAAUGAAGCCACACCUAUAAGGAAUGCACCUCCUGGAAAAAAAUACGUACGAUGUCCAUGCAAUUGUCUCCUAAUAUGCAAAAGCUCAUCACAGCGGAUUGCGUGUCCGAGGCCAAAUUGCAAACGUAUAAUCAACCUCGCGCCCAGUCCUGUGACACCGCCUGUGCUUUCCAUGCCAGGAAUGUGUAGAGUCUGCUGCGCUCAUUGUCAUGACACUUUUUUGUUUAAUACACUAAACAAUGCUUUGGCUCGAUGUCCGCAUUGCCGAAAAGUAUCUUCAGUUGGACCCGAUUUUGCCAGAGGUCGUGGCAUAUUAUUCAUAAUCCUUGGAUUCGUAUGCUUUACUAUUGGAGUUAUCGUCACGGUUUGCACAUAUAGGCUUGUGAGGGAGAAUGGAGGAAUUUACGUCGCUUAUGUCGGUGCAUUCCUCUUAGCUCUGCUCUUCUUGGGCCGCAGUCUCUACUAUUGUACCAUGAAGAUUAGCCUGAUAGAGGGUCCCAUAUAGUCAUUUUUUUAAAAAACGUAAUCCUGGGACCCUUCUGUCGCGAAAAAAAGUAUCUUCCUUCGGUCAGUGUCAUAUAAUCGAAUUUUAUAAGAGGUUUACGGCAAUAAAAGCUCCGUAUCGCUUCGCCCGAAGGCAGAACAAAGCGAACCUGAUAUUUACACGGCAGAGCGAUUAACUAGAACUAGAGCAAAGUUACUCACUCAUUAAUUCUGUACAGUCAGUUUAUCCUAGAAUUGAAAGAGUGCAUUGCAUUGAUAAAGGGGUUCGAUUUUUUUUGCUAGCUCGCUCAGAUCGGCCGAAGUUCACUUUCUCGGGGAAGAACGUCGACCGAGGAAUGGAACUUCUUGUCGAUCUUCAAACGUUGACAGUGAUUCAUAACAAAAGUUUAAAGGAAAAAAAAAAA